UACUUUCGCGUUAUUUUGUUGUUUACUUCUGUUCGAAUUUAAUUUGGCUUUUAUGACUUCUCGCUUGCUUAUGUCAAAAGCAACAUCAAAAAUUAUAUUAUCAAAUCUUCCGCCUAAUUUGAGGUUCGAGGACAUCGAUCAUUUAUUGAGUCAACACGGUAGGGUAGUGUCCUGUGAUAAGCUCACGUCAAAAGAUCCAAGCACGCAAACCGUACAGAUUACGUAUGAAUCUGCCGAACAAGCACAACAGGCUGUGACGCACCUCAAUGGUGUUCAGCUGGAUGGAAACCAAAUCAAGGUGGAGCUAGCGAUGGAUAAAAGGGGAGGCCGCCGAGGUCCGAGAAUUCCCGGCGGAGCUCCUUUCGGAAAUCUUCCCGGCCAAAGUCGACAGACGGAUUUUCCACUUCGUAUACUUGUUCAGAGUGAUAUGGUGGGGGCCAUAAUUGGUAGGCAGGGUUCGACGAUAAGACAAAUAACGCAACAAACAAGAGCACGAGUAGACGUACACCGUAAGGAUAAUGUAGGAUCGUUAGAAAAAGCAAUUACAAUAUAUGGGAAUCCGGAAAAUUGCACGAACGCCUGCAAGCGUAUUUUAGAAGUAAUGCAACAAGAAGCAAACAACACGAAUAAGGGCGAAAUAUCCUUAAAAAUUUUGGCUCAUAACAACUUAAUCGGACGAAUUAUUGGCAAAGGAGGGAACACGAUUAAAAGAAUUAUGCAAGAAACCGACACUAAAAUUACCGUUUCAAGUAUCAACGACAUUAACUCUUUUAAUUUAGAGCGUAUCAUUACUGUUAAGGGAAGCAUCGAUAAUAUGAGCAAAUCGGAGGCGCAAAUUAGUGCUAAACUUAGGCAGAGUUAUGAGAAUGACCUUCAGGCCAUGGCACCUCAGACGAUGAUGUUCCCAGGUCUACAUCCCAUGGCUAUGAUGGCUACGGCAGGUAGUAUCGGAUACGGAUCCAGGGGUUUGUAUGCAGGUCAAGCCCCAUAUCCAGGGAUGUAUCCGGCAGGAGCGCCGUCCGGUGCGGGCGACAGCCAGGAGACAACAUUCUUAUAUAUUCCUAAUAACGCAGUCGGUGCUAUUAUUGGUACUAAAGGGUCACACAUACGUAAUAUUAUCCGUUUUUCUGGCGCGUCCGUCAAAAUCGCUCCACUAGAUGAAAGCAAACCGCAAGAUACGCAAACGGAACGGAAAGUAACAAUAGUGGGGUCCCCAGAAGCACAGUGGAAGGCUCAGUAUUUAAUAUUUGAGAAAAUGCGCGAAGAGGGAUUCGUAGCAGGAUCGGAUGAUGUAAGGUUAACUGUUGAAAUAAUGGUUCCUAGUUCGCAGGUUGGUCGUAUUAUCGGUAAGGGUGGCCAAAAUGUUCGUGAACUCCAAAGAGUAACUGGAAGUGUAAUCAAACUGCCAGAACAAGGUUCAUCGCCUCAAGAAGACGAAACCAUAGUUCAUAUCAUUGGUCCAUUCUUUAGUGUUCAAUCCGCUCAGCGACGUAUACGAGCAAUGGUGCUCCAAUCGGUGGUACCACCUCAGGGUAGGCAACGAGGUCGACGGUCCUCGAAAGAACACGGAGAACCAUCGGAAACAUUGCCACAACCUCAGCCAUAACGCAUCUCUACUGCUCACUGCCUCAUGCGCACGUUUUUGCAUACCUUAUUGUACAUAACAUCUCGAGGCCUUCCACUAGUGCAGUAUCAUUGUAUCGUCGUCGUUAUCUCAUUCGUUUUAAUGCGUGAGUGUAAAACAUCGCAUUUACCUCAAAACCAAUUAAAUACCUCUACAAGUGCAUUUCUAACGCAACGUUUUAAAAUGCGAAUAAUAAUAACGAUAGUAAUAUUUUAUUGAUUGUUACGCUUAGUUAGAUUUUCUUUUUAUUUAAUUUGUUCGGUAUUAAAUUAAAAUUUUAAAUUUUGUUAAUAAUAUUUUAGUGGAAAGUUAAGAGAGGAACUGGAAUAUGGUAUCUUAAACAGCGUGUUGCUACACUUCAAUCUACCUCAUAAAAUCAAAAAUCUAUUAGAUACAAAUAACUUACCAUAGUAAAUUUCCGCAUAUAUACAGAACCCAACCAUAUUAACCUCAGUUUAUAACAGAUUUAAAUACUUAUAUUUCACAAUCUCAUGGUGCAUAUUAAUAGUAAAUAUAUAACAGAAUCAACGGAAUAGAAUACCAAAGACUUAAUGGAUUGUAAGAAAUUUAAUGGAGUAACAAUUUGCAUUAUUUCUUGGUAGCCCAAUAAUCGACACUUACUGCUAAAUUAAAACGACAAAAAGCUUAGAGCCGUUCGAUCACAGAAUAACACAGAAAACACAUCACAUGAAAUGCUAGGCCAUUAGAAAUUCCAACCAGACGGCCAGAAAGUUCCUCGGCACAUUUCUAAAGCAGUGUGUGACGCGGAAGGUCAGAAGAUAAGGACAGAAGUUUGCUUUCUGCUUCGCAUGCUGGAAUUAUUGUGGCUGUUGUUAAAUUAUCGGGUGUGAAUGCGUGAAUAAAACUAUUCUUGGACGUUUAUUUUGCUCGUUGUGUACUAUAAGUGCGCGGUGAAGGCGACACGACGGGCGUUCACUCUAGGUCAUCUACCAAGAAUCGAAACUGUUUGAGUGUGAAUGUGAAGACAUUUUUUAACUAUUACAUUAUUGUUAGGAGAUUGUUAAAAAAAUGUUCAAAAUGUUUCUUAAAAAAAUUUUUUGUAGACACACCGCCGUGACUAUAUUGUUUGUUUAAAGGCGUACGCGAGGUGUCUACAAAGAGCUGUGAUUGUUACAAAAUACUACCAGAUAAGACGAGUGAGGCUUAGCUUCGCAUUGGCCGAUCCAUCUUGCGUCAAGGUUGGUCGUGCCACGAUAGUACAAACUCGGGAGGUAUAGAUAGGGCCUUUUGCGGCCAGUCGGUUCGUAGCCGGCAUCUUGUAAAAAAAAUUAUUUUUGAUAAAAUUGUUUGUUGGGGAGGAUAUUUUUUGUUAGAUUUUUAAAAAUUUAAGAUUAAAUAGCGAAACCGCUAUUUAGAAAUUUGUGAAAAAAAUGGAUAUAUUAUAUAAUAUAUAUUUAUUUAUAAAAAAAUUAAAUUAUUUGUACAGAUUUUUAAAGUGUGCCAAAGUGCGAAAUGUUACCAGAUUUUUAGAAAAAUUAAAAUUUUUUCAAGGGUACAUGUAUUUAUAAGGGCAGACUAUGGCUUAACAAGCACACAACAGGAAUGUGCAAUUCCGCACAGUCAUACUUUCUUUCGGACACAAUCAAGUUAAUCGUACAAAUUGCGCGAGUACAAAAAAAGAUGCUAGUUCUAAAUUAACCAUUACGCUAAUUAGAUCAAUCCAUUUAUUUCACAUAAAAUAUUUAACAAAAUUUUGACCAACGAAAAUCUAACACAUCCGUAUUUUCAAGUAUAAAAAACAACAGUCUUGGGACAAUAGAGUUAACAACAACUCUGUGCUGUAUUUAUUAUAUGUAAUUGUAUACCCCCCCCCCCCCCAAAGUAAACAUGAUUGUUAUUUAAAGACAUACAAAUCUCCAUCCGAGACGUCUCACCUUGGCCAACAAUAAGUAGUCGGUCCUUCUAUUUAUACUUUACUUUAAUUUGAUAAAACGAAAGUUUCAACUUCUCGUUGGCCACUGUGACCGUUUCCAAAACAUUAAAACUAUCUAUGCUGCGUUCUUGGCCCUCCAAGUAAGACUUUGAUUCGCCACAUUAAAAAUUUAGUGACUGUAUAUCUAGAUUUUGCCAAUACAACACAUAGUGGAACCUCUCCUGCAUGUCAAAAUCUGACCUGUUACAUUUAUACAUUCAUAAUUCUGUGAAAACAGACAGAGGGGUGCAGGCCACAACUUGCUUUAAGAAAUACCUACAAAAUUCAGCCGAUCCACAACCACGAUAUUUCAGUCGGUACUUACUACGUUGGUUGUUAGGUAACUGCUGCUAAAAUUCGUAUCUCGUUACGGAUACUACAUAAUUACAUAUGUUAAUCUAAUAAAUAGUGCCUAACCGAACCUGUUAUUGUGAAUAGUUUUGACGUUUGUUUCUAUUUUUUGUCAGUUCGCAAUUGGUGUAUUUCCCGUUUUAUUGUUAAUACUUAAUAGUAUAUUGCAGAAGAAGCAUGGGCAUUAUUGUGAGAAAGAGUAUAUACUUUUAUAUAUUUUAAAGUUUUAUCACGGGAUUUUGUUUUUUUUUGCAUGUUAUUGAUCGUUUUCUCGCUCAAAUAUAUUCACAAAACAGGAAAAAUAAAAAAGAUAGAUAUAGUUUAAAUUGCAUUUGAUGGUUACUUCAUAUAAGUUGGUAGAAUAUUAUUCAAACUUUAGGCUGCAUUCUUUAUAUUAUAGCAAUGUUGUUAUUUUGCAGUUGUAAAAAUUGUUGAUCGUUUCUCUAAAAUUAUUCAAACGUGAUGUAUCCAAUUGUUAAGAUAAUCUUUCUAAAGCAACAUUGUUAAGUAAAAAGAACUGGCCUAAUUCUAAACCAUAAAUGCAAAGGUGUAAUUAUUACAAUAGCUUAAUGAUGUUAAUGGGUGUACAUGAAAUCAAAAAUUAUAUCAAUAGUUAUAGUAUGUGUUAUUUCAACAGGUAAAAAGAUUUACGCCUUUUUUCUUGAAUGUACAAUUACUUUUCAAUUGCUAUAGUUUAGAAUACACGUUGCUGGACGGAGACUGACUUGCAAACCAGCCGUUGUAGAUUUAAUGCCUUAGUGUCGGAUAAAUUCAUCACUGCACUAAACUAAUGCACCUUGAAAAUACAGCUUGUCUGUCUGUAAAUUACAUACUUAAAUCAAAUAUGAGUUAACCUUAUCCGACCUAAGAAUAAACUACCUCAGUAAUUAAAUACGUUUCUAUAAAAAGUAAUUUGUUAUUCAUUUUUUUUUCUUUGGGUAGCAGUAAUUUAAGAUAAAUUUUACUGGGAGAAUACUAUUUUAAGCAAAAUCACAAUUUUUGUAAAUCUUACUCGAAAUUCUUGUGUCAGUGUGCCAUUCUUUUGUGUAUGUCCAUUGUGGUUUAUUUUAUAAUCUUCACUGUGCAAAUAGAGUUUUAAUUUCUAUUUACGUACCACAUUAUAUACCUAGUGAAAUUGUAUCGAAAUAUCUUGUCAAACUUAAACAUAAUUAAAAUUCUGGAUGUGUUUACGUCAACUGUAAUAGUAAUAUGAAUGUGUUUAGUAGUGUCCAUAUGAAUUUAUUUCAUAAUCCUUGCAACGGGACUUUGGGAAUGGUGUAAUGAAAUUUUUGCUCAGGUAAUUAACUCAGGAGACUUUGCCGAAUUAUUAUGUUAUUGUAGGCGACUAAUUACUGGAAUUAUCUCAAGUUGCAUAAUUAUGAAUAACUAAUUAUGGUUACAUGCAUUAAACACAAACAAUAUGUAUAUAUACCUACCUUCGAUAUCUGUCAUACACUUUUUACAGUUUAUUGGCAUACUUGUAACACUAACUUAAAAAAUUCAAUUAUUUCAGUUCAAUAAAUAGUGUUCCCUU